AUGGAUAUUCAUUACGAUUUUGAUUGUCCAAAAGAUCGAUUGAUGAUUGGAGAAGGAAAACAAGAAAGAUUGAAUAUUCUACACACUUAUUGUCAUACAAUGGUUGAUAAAAAGAAUGGAUAUAUGGAUGUGGAUAAAUUUGAGGAUAGAUUUAAACAAAUCACUUCGAAGAGUAGAUAUAUGACAAUUGAUUGGGUAACUGAUGAGAUAAAUGAAGCUGCUGGAUGGGUUUUGGAAUAUCAAUUUGUGAAUGAGGCGGACAGUAGGUUUUUUGAAGUUUUUGUUUAUUCAAAUGUUUUCAAAGUCUAAAAAUAUUAUAUUUAUUUCUAGCUUGUGGUUUCCAUGUCAAGGGAAUGUCUGGAAUUGUGGAAUCUCCUAAUUAUGGAGUGUCAGAUUAUCCUGCAAAAUCUCAAUGUAUUUGGGAUGUUCAAGUUCCGUUAGGUUAUCAUAUCAAUUUGAAGUUCAAAGAUUUUGAUGUUGAACAAUCACAAAAUUGCACGAAAGAUCAAUUAGUUGUGUCAGAACUCCCAAAUUAUCUAGCAAAAGUUCCGGCUGGAAAUUAUUUGUUUGUUUUGAAUGAUGCGAGAGAUGAUCCACCAUUAUGUGGAACAAAUAUACCAGAAUAUAAAGAGACUGAAACAACGAGAAUUCGAUUGAAUUUUACGACCGACGAAAAAGUAAAUGGAAGAGGUUGGAGAGUUGAAUGGGAAGCGAAAUGUGGAGCGAUAUUUGAAUCGAAUCAUGGAGUUAUCACUGCACCAAAUUAUCCAGAUGGUUAUCCAAAUGAAAAUAUUGAAUGUGAAUAUAUUAUCAAAGCAGAUGCGAAAGAUGUUGUUGCUUUGAAAUUCGAAGAUCUUGAUGUUUCCAAAUUUACAACACAUUACGAUCGAACACCAUGUAAAGAGGAUUACAUUCAAAUUUUAGAGUAUCCUUCUCGUAGAGUUGUUCUAACACUUUGCGGAGAGACUCAGAUUCCUGAUGAAGCAUUGACUAUUCGAGGAGCUGUUUUGAUCAAAUUUGUUUCUUCAAGAUUAUUUAUUGGAUCAGAUAAAACGAGAAAAAAUGACAGAGGAUUCAAGUUGGCAUAUAAUAUUAAUUGUGAGUUGUUUUUUAUUUCAACAAAUCAUUUAUUUAAUAAGUUAAUAUUUCAGUCUGUGGUGGAGACAUUCUUUUAUCAAACACUACUGAUUUGUCAGCUGAAAUUGAAAGUCCUGCAUUCCCUCUGCCUUAUGUUAGAGAUCUUGAUUGUGUUUGGAAUAUUACAACUUCAUCAGAUCGAGAGAUAAAUGUAAAAUUCGAAAUUAUGGAUUUGGAAGAGGUUUCUGAUUGUUCUGCAGAUUAUAUUGAACUAUUUAAUUCUGCCGAAACCAAGAAUUCGUUAGGAAAAUUCUGUGGAGGAAUCAAAGCGUUAGUUUAUAAAUAGAAACAUCUCGUAUAAAUUCCUUCAUUUUUUUUGUAGAAUGCCUACAAAUAUAAUUCGAACAACUGGUCCAAAUCUCCUUAUCCACAUGAACACUGAUCAUACAAUUCAUUCUGGUGGAUUUAAAAUGAUAGUAACCUCAUCUCUUGGUGCAAAAAGUGGAUGUGGUGGAAAUUUGAUAGCAACAGAAGAAUGGCAAACAUUUAGCCAGCCAAAAGAUGAGAAUGGAAAUUAUCCUGGACAUUUACAUUGUGGUUGGACCAUCAAAGCUCCUGUUGAUCAUCAAAUUCGAUUGAAAAUCAAUGAUAUUGAUACGGAGAAAUUGCAAAGUUUGCCUGGAACUCCACAAAAACCGUUCUGCACUUCUGAUUCGCUUAAUAUUUAUGAUGGACUUCAAAACUUCUCGCCAAUAUUGUCAGGUGAUAUUUGUAGUGGUGGAAAUAUUCCAACAUCACAAAUUGUUUCAAGUGGAAGAUAUGUUUAUGUUUAUUUUGUAUCGGAUCAUGGUGGAAGUGGAAGAGGAAUAAAUGUAUCAUAUUCAAUUGAAAAAGCAAAUUGUGGUGGCUGGAUGAAAGCAGAAGUUGAAUCAAAGUCGAUUCGAAUUAAAACUGAUACUUCUGAAGAAGAUGGAAAUCAUGAGAAGACUCAUCAAAGAUGCAAAUAUAUGAUUGAAGGAAAUAAAACGGAACCUGUUAUUAUUCAUUUCAAAGAAUUCAAUAUUCCAUCAUCGGAUAAAAAUUGUGAACAAAGUUAUGUUGAAAUUCGAGAUGUUGGUUCAAUCAAUGAAUGUCAACAUGCAGCUUGUGCACAACAAUCAGCACAAAGAAAAGUUACGCGAAUUUGUGGAACAAGAAUUCCAUCUCCACAUAUUUCGAAUACCAAUGUUGUUCAAAUUAUCGUAAAUGCACAAUUACGAUCAGGUGUAAGAAGUUUGGUUGCAUUCGAUUAUCAAAUUCUUGAUCGUAAGUCUUUAUUUUCAAAUUAACUUAAAAAUAUCAGCUUUAUUUAGGCUGUAAUCGAACAAUUGAUACCAAUUCUUAUCGAUCUGGUCGUAUUACAAGUCCAAAUUAUCCGAAUGUGUAUGAUGGAAGUUCAGUUUGCACUACAGUUUUGGAAAAUUCAGAUGAUGUUACACAAUCAAGAAAAAUACUCAUCGCAUUUUCAAAGUUCGUCUUGGAAACUCAAAAUCCAAAUGUUCCUGGAAGCAGUGAUUGCUCAUUUGAUUAUUUGGAUAUUAUUGAUGAAGGUAAAAGUGUUGGAUCGAGUCGAAUUUGUGGAGACAAAGUUCCACCAUCGAUUUUCACAGCUGGAGGAGCAAGAGUUGCGGUCAGUUAUUUUUAUAUUUGGGAAAAUGGGCAGGUUCUUAAUUUCAACUUGAGUCAACAAUUCUUAUGGAAAUGCAUGCUUCUAACAGAGUUUUUAUUUUUUUUUUUUUUUUCACAAGUUUGUUUUUUUUUUUCAAAAUGCCAAUUACCUGGCUUUCAGACUUAUUUCAAAACGGAUCACAUAAUCAAUAAAGAAGGUUAUGAUGCCACGUAUCUCACAGUUGCACAAGAAAAAGAUGAUAUGAUUGAAUUUUCGGAUUCUUAUGAUCUUCAAGGUGUUGUAACUAAUAUCGGCUGGCCGAAUGGUUAUAACAAAUCUACUAGACAAAUGUAAGUUUUCUAUUUUCUCAAUAAAAAAUUAUUAGUAAAAUAACAGAUUUGUGAUUCGUCCACCAACCAGCCAUACUUGCAUUUUCAACGUGGAAGAGGUUAAUGUGGGAGUUGUUGAAAAUAUGGAUAAUUGUAAUUCGCAAGAUGAAUAUGUUGAACUUGAAGUCAUGUAUAAAAGCGACAAAAAGAGCAUUCGAGUUAGAGAUUGUUCAUAUGUAAGUUAUAAAAAGUUAUCUAAUAACAAUAAGUUCCAAAACAUUUAAAUUUAAGAGUAAGAGUUCGAUUUCGGCGAAUAGAGUUCAAAUGAAUGGUGAUGAUGAGAAUCGAUAUUUCAAAAUAAUUUUCAAAUCGGAUGAUUUGUCAGAAAAUGAUGGAAGAGGGUUCAGAGUUUCUUGGGAAUGUGAUAAUUAUUCGAAUUAA